AUGGUAACCGGUCAAAUCAUUCAUCGAUCGCUCAUCAUUUACAAAAUCAUCAAGCCCGAGAACACAAUCACGACGGCUUUUGCGAUUUUCUUCAUCACUUUUUGCGUGUUGAUCAUUUGGAUCAUUCUCUUUGUGAUGGCCAGUAUUACGACGACGAUGUGCUUUGAUCGAUCAGCGGGUGAUGGAAAUAAUACGUUGGUAGACCCAAAUGAUCCAAGAUGUCGAGAUUUUCGGUACAAAUUGAUGAAUAUUUAUGACUUCAACAUCGCCACUUUUGUCGCGAUUCCGUUUGAAAUUUACAACUACGACGAGCAAAAGCUGCAGCUCAGCUUGUACGCGGUGAUGCUUUUCGGCUUUUUGUGUUUUCUGCUUAUCGCCUCGAUUUGCACGGUGAUCGUUUGCUCGACGCUGAUCAUUAGAAAGAUCAAAUCCUCGUCCUUUCAUCUCAGCCAAAAGAAUAUGCACGCAGAAAUGCUGAGGACUCUCCUGGGACAGAAUAUGCACGCAGAAAUGCUGAGGACUCUCCUGGGACAGGCUUUAUCUCCGAUUCUUCUCCUUCAAUUACCCCUUUUAAUCUCAGUCAUUGCAAUUGGAGUUGAGGGUGAUUUAUGGUGGCUUUUCUUCACCAUGUAUUUCACUCUUGCCUGGUUCCCGACUAUACAGCCUAUGAUCUUGAUUCUGGGUGUCGCCUCGUAUCGGAAGCGUUUCUUCAAAAUCCUCGAAUCAAUUCGCGGCUCUUUCAAGUGUCAAUUGGCCAUUAUUCGUCCCAAAAUCAGAGAGGAAACUAUUUCUUCAGCGUCUACCAUGAGAUUU